ACUCCACCAUUUCGCUGCGCUAAGUCUCCUCCCCGCGACCGCUACAUUCUGAGCCGAAAGACACUCUCUCCCGGUCCGUAUUUUAACUUCUUCAUCGAGGUCGACUGCUACCUCGUUGGGUACCGGGAGGCAGUUUGGGCCACCGGCAUCACGGAUAGAGUGCGAUUUUACACGGAUGACGACUCCUUCAGCGAGAAUUUAGUAAAAGAAAACUGGUCGGAAAAUUCAGAACAUGUGGAGGGGACCUUAAUUUCAGCAUCCUGGAAGUAGAAAGUUCUGAAGAUCCGUGUCUCACUACACAGACAGGUUCAACGUGUGGCCGCAGCAGCAGCGAGGAAGGAGGCUGCGGGGAGGCGGCAGUGCGGCAGCGAGCCUCUCCGGCUGUGGAUGUGCUGGGUGGCAAGCCCCAGGCCGCACACAAUGUGUCUGGGGAGUCACCUGGACAUGUCCCGCAGCCCGCCGCCGCUGCCCCCCGCCCGCUCCCUCCUUUGCCAGAGAGCGUCCACUCUGCAUUUCCCGUUAUGGAGACCGCUUCUCCAGUCCCGAUUUCCGGUGCUGCCGACAUCUGCGUCCCACAGGGCGAGCGCAUUGCCCAAGUUGAUGGCAUCAGCUCGUCCAACCCUGAGGACUUCAAACCUUGUGCCCCUCUCGCCUCACAUCCACAAAACACCAGCGAGUUUCAAGGGUUGCAACAUGGCUUACAUACUGUUUCUAAAGAGACAAACAUGUCCAAUAGCGAUACGCUUCAUAGUCAACCUCCCCAAGCCGGCGCUGGACUUGUGGUUGGUUUGCAGGAAAGUUUGGAGUGUAACUCGGAAACUAAAACACAUUUGGAACUUGAAAGCAAAGACACGGGCAGAACUGUUGCCGCACAAGAUCAGAUAUGCAUCACGGCCUCAUCCCUCUCAAACACAGCCACUGAGCAGUCCGAUCAAGCGAGCGCACGUCAGGAUUCGACGACGCCUUUGUCUGCUGCUUCGAACUGUGGGGAACAAGUUCACCUGCCGCAGGUCCUCAAAGAGGCCCAGCGGGAUGUUGUCCACAUUAAUGAGGACGCUUCAAACAAAGCACCUCCUCCCUCGGCUGAAACACCUGAGACUCCAAACGCAGGAGAACUUGGAUCAGGUUCUCCACAUACGGCGGUGUUGUUUAACAGCACAGGACACGCCCACACACGCUGCGUGACUGACGAACAGAGCGACAAUUCCCCCACGUCCUCGGCCGUCCCCUCGGUGCUCGACUCGGACCUGCUUGUGUCCUUGCAGGCCGAGGCAGGACCGUCUCAACCCUUAACGGAAAUGCCCGUGAUUACUGAACUGGUGCAUUCCGCUGACUCCCAGGAAAUCGUGGUGGUCAGCGAGGCGGGGCACCUCGGCGGCGGCUGGUCCAACGUGCACCUGAAGCAGGGUUACCUCCUGCAACGCGCCGACGGUAGCGUGUGCGAGGCCGCCAUCGUCACAGAGCACACGCCGGCCGAGGCCAAGCUGUACGAGGAGAGCGUUCGGGCCGACAUGGGCUUGGAUGCGCAAAACGUGGAGGUGUACCAGUUCUGCGGCCUUGUGGAGGAAGUGGGCGAGGAGACGGUGUGUGUCAGUACCAGUGUACAGAUACCUCACUCUCCGGGAUAUGAGGUCAACCUGUUUAACGCUUUGCUGGACCCCUCCGAGGACCUGGAAUCUCACCUCGAACCUUCUAUCCACACGAUUACUGACAGUGACACAGUCAUUAUAUCCCAGCAGGAACGUGAUGCAAGCCAAGCACAGGUUUGCUCCACCAACAAUGUCCACAGUCUCUCCGUAGCUGCAGUGGGACAACACCUGCUCCUGGACACCAGUUCUAACCAGGUGUGUUUGCUGGAAGUGGACUCGUUCCCCAUGGAGCAGACUCCGACCCAAGUCUUGACGUCUUGUCCGCAGGUGAGCGAGGACAAGCCCUCGCUCAUAGAUGCUGCAAAAAGUGAGCAGGAAGUUUCCGACGCCACGCCGGAGGCUUGCGUUUCCUUUUCUGCAGGUACCAAAGAAUCUCCGUCUGAGGGUUCAUCCCGGAAAGCAGCUGCCUCCACCAGAGCCCAACCAGAGGCUUUUAUCGCUCACCCUGCGGGAGGUAUUAAUCCAAAGCUGUUGCUCAUCCAACCGGGAGCAGCAUCUCUCUUGAAGCAAACAACUUCAUUCCUCCAGCAGAAAGUGGACUCAAAACCAGAAGACAAUCAGGGCACCCCACCGUCCGUCGAAUCCCACACUGUCGGUUCUUCACCUGCCGUUGUGGGUGACGGAAAAAGCGAAGUGAAGCCAAUCGUCAGAAGGACCACAACAGCUUUGCGUUGUAGCCAAUCGGAGCCCUCGAAUGUCAUUCAAACUUCAAACCUGACACCUCGCGCUUUUAGUGAGGAAAGUGCCAUCACCCCUUCAUCCAGCGCCAAGGGCCCUGCGACUGAGCGCGACUCCCCCUUUGAGGAGGAUGAAGAGGACGAUGAUGACGAUGAUGACGAAGAUGAACCAACGGGGGACGCGGAGACCUUGGAUGUCGCGUCGCGACAAGUCAGCAGUGAAGAAGAUGGCAGCGAUGAGGAUGCGGAGAGACCGGAAAUGACCACACAAAGCUCGUCGCGCAAGUGGCGAGCAGAUGGGGCUUCACCCUCCACCUCCUUCUAUGAACCGCCACUUGGCGGCGACUGGACCGGCUCCCGCCGCGACAAGUCGUCGCUGCUGCGAGGACCUCACGGCAAGUUUGUGUCUCCCACCUCCAUCGGGGGAUACACUUCCUUGUUGUCGCCGCCCGAUCAGUCCACCCCGCAUCGGCAGCGUGGAGAGCGGCGCUCCGACAUGGCUGAGUUGGCCAAGCAUGAGGCUGACAUAGAGCACCGAAGCCAGGCGCUGAAGCGAGAGGGUUUUUGGUCCACCAAGCGCCUCAACCGCCUCUCUGAGCCGCCACGGCCCAAAGUGCACUGGGACUACCUGUGCGAGGAGAUGCAGUGGCUGUCGGCCGACUUUGCCCAGGAGAGGCGCUGGAAGAGGGGCGUGGCCAGGAAGGUAGUCCGAAUGGUGAUGCGACACCACGAGGAAUUGAGGCAGAAAGAGGAAAAGGCCAAGCGAGACGAGCAUGCAAAAAUCAGGAGAGUAGCGUCCUCCAUCGCCAAGGAGGUCCGGGCUUUUUGGAGCAGCGUUGAGAAGGUGGUGCAGUAUAAGCAGCAGUCUCGGCUGGAAGAAAAAAGGAAGAAGGCUCUGGACCUCCAGCUGGACUUCAUCGUCGGACAGACUGAGAAGUACUCUGACCUCCUCAGCAAAUCUCUCGCGCCCGCCGCUCGGCCCGAACCUAACCCGUCGCCUUCCAAGACUCCUGUGGCCGCCACCGCAGAUGAAGAUGAUCGAGACUUUGAGCCUCCGUGCGAGGAGGAAGACGACGAGGAGACCAUCGAGGUGGAGGAGCAGCAGGAUGGCAACGAUGCCGAGAGCCGGCGCAGGGAGAUCGAGCUAUUGAAGGAAGAGAGCACACUGCCCCUGGACCAACUCCUCAGCACUUUGCAACAGACGCAGGACUCCGUCUCAGAUGAAGAACGCUCGCAUGAAUCGUCCUCGUCGGCAGAGCAAGAAGAGGAAGACGGAGAAUUUGCUGCCAAUGAAGAGGAUGCUGAAGAUCAGGAAGACACCAUAGCUGCCCAGGAGAAGGCAGAGGGAGAUGUGGAUCAUGCAGAAGAACUGGAUGACUUGGCCAAAGAGGGAGACAUGAGCAUGGAGGAGCUCCUGGAAAAGUACAAAGGGGCAUACACCUCCGAUGCCGAGGAGCCCUCUGCUUCUGGCUCCAAAGUAAGCUCUGAUUGGGAGGCGUCCGACGAAGAGGAGGAGGAGGACGAGGACAGUGACAAUGAGAGUGAUGAGGAAAGCAACACUUCCUCCUCAGACUCUCCAGGGGAAAGCGAUGAGGAGGAAAACAGUGAGAAAGAUGAGAGUGAGGAGGAGGACGACGGUGCUGAUGAAGGGAUGGAGGUCUUGCUCAAGGAGGGAGACCACAGCCCGUCUUCAUCAGGCUCACGGCCGAAGAAAGAGAUCAGCCACAUCGCCGCCACUGCGGAGAGUCUGCAGCCCAAAGGCUACACGUUAGCCACCACCAAGGUCAAGACGCCCAUCCCCUUCCUGCUUCACGGCACGCUACGAGAGUACCAGCACAUAGGACUGGAUUGGCUCGUCACCAUGUUUGAGAAGAAGCUGAAUGGAAUCCUGGCUGACGAGAUGGGUCUAGGCAAGACCAUCCAAACCAUCGCGCUCCUGGCUCACCUCGCUUGCGAAAAAAGUAACUGGGGCCCUCACCUCAUCAUCGUCCCCACCAGUGUCAUGUUAAACUGGGAGAUGGAACUGAAGCGCUGGUGUCCCGGCUUUAAAAUCCUCACUUACUUUGGCAGCCAAAAGGAGAGGAAGCUGAAGCGACAGGGUUGGACCAAGCCCAACGCUUUCCACGUUUGCAUCACGUCGUACAAGCUGGUGCUGCAGGAUCACCAGGCUUUCCGCCGCAAGUCUUGGCGCUACCUGAUCCUCGACGAGGCGCAGAACAUCAAAAACUUCAAGUCGCAACGCUGGCAGAGCCUGCUGAACUUCAAUAGCCACAGACGUCUACUGCUGACAGGAACUCCUCUGCAGAACAGCCUGAUGGAGCUGUGGUCUCUGAUGCACUUCCUGAUGCCGCACGUCUUCCAGUCGCACCGUGAGUUCAAGGAGUGGUUCUCCAACCCGCUGACGGGCAUGAUCGAGGGCAGCCAGGAGUACAACGAGGGCCUGGUCAAGCGGCUCCACAAGGUUCUCAGGCCCUUCCUGCUCAGGAGGAUCAAGGCCGACGUGGAGAAGCAAAUGCCCAAGAAGUACGAGCACGUGGUGCGCUGUCGCCUCUCCAAGAGGCAGCGCUUCCUCUACGAUGACUUCAUGGCGCAGGCCUCGACCAAGGAGACCCUAGCUAGCGGGCAUUUCAUGUCCGUCAUCAAUAUCCUGAUGCAGCUCCGGAAAGUGUGCAACCAUCCCAACCUGUUUGACCCUCGACCCAUCCAAUCGCCCUUCAUCACUAAGCCGAUUGUUUUCCGUACUGCCUCCCUGGCGCUGGACGCCUUGGAAGUGCCUCCUCUGAAGCGCUGCGACCUUUCUAUGUUCGACCUCAUUGGUUUGGAGGGCCGUGUGACCCGCUACCAGGCUGACGUCUUCAUACCAAACCGCAAAGUCAGUCGCCAGCUCAUUCAGGAGAUUACGGAGUCUCCCGAACCCCUGCCAAGACCUCGAGCGAUCCACUUGAAAGUCAACAGGGUUCCAAUCCCGCCUCCCAAAGGCGACAGCCGCUCUGCAGCUGUGAUGAGCAAACCCACCUGCUCCGUGCCACCCGCAACUCAGGCGCCCAAACCUCCGAGCCCAGAGGCCACAGUGGCGCCUGCGCCUGUGCCCACACCUACACCAGCACCCAUGCCUGCGCCUCCACCAGCCCCUGCUGUUCAGCAAGUGAUUUGUUCAGUGACAACCGCGGCCCCUCCCCGCACCCCUCUGCCUCCCGGUGCUCAAACGGCCGUGAGAUCCAGCGCUCCCAAGCAGGUACUGACAGUGCGCCCUCCCCCUGCUCCGAGCACCACCGGCAUUCCCGCUCAUCCGACUCCCAAGCCCGGCAGCAUCAUGCCACAAAGGGUUCUGCUCAGUCCGGACAUGCAAGCCAGGCUGCCCUCUGGUGAGGUGGUGAGCAUAGCGCAGCUGGCCUCCUUGGCGGGGCGCCCGGUAUCGUCUUGUCAGGGCAGUAAGCCGGUCACCUUCCAGCUGCAGGGCAACAAACUGACCCUCUCAGGAGCGCCCAUACACCAGGCGCCACCCCCACGUCCUUUACAAGGCAAUGUGAUGCACUUGUUGUCCAGCGGAGGGCAUCAUCAUCUCAUCAGCCAACCAGCCCAGUUGACCGUCCAGAGCCCGGUUACUGCAUCCCCUGCCCACCGAAUUACUCCCAGUGCCUCCUCUCAAGUGCCACCUUCUGCCGUGGUGAGCAGCGCCGGGGUGGUGAAGAUCGUGGUGCGUCAGGCAGCAGGCAAGGAUGGCAGCCCCGUUCCCACCCUGGCCGUAGCCCCGUCUCCUCGCGUGGCUCCCUCCCACCCCCGCCCAAGCGCAACCCCGGUCCGAAACACGGCCACGCUGCAGCUCGCCCAGCGCACCCCCGGUCCUGCCACCGUCCACUACACUCUAGCGCCCCCUAGAACUCCCGGCACCACCCCCAACCAAGCCCAGCCCCAGGCCCCUAUCCUCAAAAUAGUGCAGCCUCCUCCACCUUGCACAGAGAAGCCAGCUCCAGCAGAGGCGACAACGUCGUAUGCUGCAUCCAAGCCGGCCGUUCAAGAUAGCAUCAGCAAAGAAACAAGUACCAGAACCGCCACUGCCACUACCAGCACCGCAGCAGUCGCCAGCACGAGUCAGACGCCAGCUGCAGUAAAGGCUAAACCCAGUGCUGCUCCAAAAGCAGCACCCAGGAGAAGGCCUCGACCGAUUCCUCGCUCUCCUUUUUACAUUCCUUCGCUGGCCGAGACCCUCAAGAAGCAACGUGACAGCAAACUGGACCACAUCUUCAGGGUCAGCGAGCGCCACUCCGCUGCAAAGCCUGUGUUUGGCAAGGAAGUUCUGGAUUUCCUGACAUUCCUACCCGGGUCCCGGCCCUCGCCCGCUGCUCUGCGUCCCGCCGAGGCCGAGUGGAGGCGUUCGGGCCACAGCAGCUGUUUGAUGUCACAGUGGCGACACCCGCACGACUUGUGCAGUCACAGUCACUCAGUGGGAGAUGCCAUCCAAAGCAUCGAGGAGAGGUUAUUGCUGCUGUCAGACAUCGUGGACCGGUUUACGUUUGUCAUCCCGCCAGUGGAGGCCGCUCGCAUCGCAAUGCACUGCUGCCAUCCUCCUCCCUCUCUGAGCCUUAAGGAGGGGGUGUUCUCCUCUGAGCUCUCGGCCCACGUGGCACCGCUCACUCGCAGUCUCCAUCGCAUCCAGUGCAGCAUGAGGACCCAGUUUCCCGAUCUGAGGCUUAUCCAGUAUGACUGUGGGAAGCUGCAGACCCUCCACCUGCUGUUAAGAAACCUAAAGACGGGUGGCCACCGAGUGCUGAUCUUUACGCAAAUGACUCGUAUGUUGGACAUCUUGGAGCAGUUCCUCAAUUAUCACGGGCACAUCUACUUGCGGUUAGACGGCAGCACACGAGUGGAGCAGAGACAGGCUUUGAUGGAGCGCUUCAACGCCGAUCGGCGGAUAUUUUGCUUCAUUUUGUCAACUCGCAGCGGAGGCGUGGGAGUAAACUUGACGGGUGCCGACACGGUGGUGUUCUAUGACAGUGACUGGAACCCCACCAUGGAUGCUCAAGCCCAGGACCGGUGCCACCGCAUCGGGCAAACCAGAGACGUCCACAUCUAUAGGCUAAUCAGCGAACGCACCGUGGAGGAGAACAUUCUGAAAAAAGCCAACCAGAAAAGGAUGUUGGGAGAUAUGGCCAUCGAAGGAGGAAACUUCACCACUGCUUUCUUCAAAGAGCAAACUAUCCGUGAGCUGUUUGACGUCAACGAUGGUGAGAGGAGGGAGCCGGCCGUGGAGGUGUCGAUGCCUCACGCUGAGGAUGAGGAAGCUGGCAACAAGCAGAGCACCACCAUUUUGGAGCAGGCGCUUUGUCGUGCGGAAGACGAGGAGGACAUCGUGGCCGCCUCUCAAGCCAAAGCCGAGCAGGUGGCAGAGCUGGCAGAGUUCAACGAGAACAUUCCACUGGACGACGCAGGCGAGCAGGAAGAAGUGGAGGAGCUCUCAAAAGCGGAGCAGGAAAUAGCCGCUCUGGUGGAACAGCUCACUCCUAUUGAGCGCUACGCUAUGAACUUUCUGGAAGCUUCCUUGGAAGACGUCUGCAAAGAAGAACUGAAACAAGCGGAGGAACAAGUGGAAGCUGCCAGAAAGGGUCUGGACCAGGCCAAGGAGGGCGGCCUCCGGCUGCAUGCGUCCUCUGAUGAAGAUGAGGCUUUGUCGGCUCAAGCCUCUGCGGAGCCCGCUCAGCCUGCUCCCGCACGACGUGGACGUAAGCCCAAGGACAAAGCGAAGGUUGUCACUUCAACAAGAACUAGUGGUCGUCUGCGUGGGGCUUCGCCUGAAACUGAGCCCGAGCCCACAACACAUAGAGAAGUGCCUGCCCGUGCUGGUUUAAGAGGACGCCCCCCUGCCAAAGACUCUAGUAUCUCGUCUCGCCCAGACCCUCCAAAGACACCGACAACUAGGCUGCAGGAUCCCUCCAAAUCUUCCAAAGCCUCGUCAUCUCACGCCGUAGACCAGCAGGCCGUCAUAAUCAAGACUCCGACCAGUCCAGUGCCUUCCUCCCCUUCAAUGUUGCCCCUCGGAGGGAAGCAGCAGAGUGCGGCAGAGACUGAGAGCAAGACUACGAAGAGAGGCAAAGAGGAAAGCGGGAUUUCUGAGUCCUCGCUGGAAUCCGUCUGUCCGCUGGACCAUGAAGCAAAAGAUGAUGAGGCUAAAGACCAAAGCGCCAUGUCUCCUCCCUCCACCAGCUGUCGCUCACCUCGCAAGCGCCAGUCCGCCGACGAUGAAGUCCUGAAGGGCCUUGUGGAUGAUUCAACGUCAGCCAAAGUCCUGCGGAAGCUUCCGGGUCGACUCGUCACUGUGGUGGAGGAUAAAGAGCCGAGGAAGAAGAGGUGGCGAGGAAGUGGAGCUGGAGCCUCUUCAGAGGAAGUGUCAGUGGAGGAGAACUCAAGCGAGGAGCCAAAUAAAGACACUCCAUCUUUGGUCUCUGACAGCAGCUUGAAAGACACUUUGACCAAAUCUUGCCCAGACCAAGACUCUACUUCGAGUCCACCUGUGCACCUCCAGCCCGUCAGAGCCUAUCCUCCAUAUUCUCCUCCCCACCUGUCCCCGGACAUGCCCGUGCUGAGGAAUCUUCCGGUGCGUCGUAGGCUGGAAACGGAAUCUCGCAUGGCGGCUCAGCUUGGAGAGCAUCUGCAUGCGGGUCGAGGGAAGAACCAGCACAAGAAAACGGACUCUCCGCUGAGUAAAGAGACUUCCCCCGAGACCAGUGUGAAUUCCCUUGAGACGCCCUCAAAAAGAAAGCGGGGCCGGCCCCCUAAAUGUCCCUCCAAGUUUCCCGAUCCCAACACUACAGCAUCUCCUCCUCGUACGCAACACGUCUCACCGUGUGAGGAUGGAAGCCUUUCCCCGAAGCGUAAGCGGGGUCGACCCCGAAAAGACCCCAUGAAUCCUCCAGACUUUGUUUCAGAUUCACACAAAUCUAAAAAAGUGACCCCUGCUGCAUAUGACUCCAUUGAAUCCGAUCCCGAUCCACUGAAGUCGGACAACACGCAUCAGCAAAUCCUGUCUGCCAAAGCUGAAGAAACGGACUCAAAAACUGUGGAAGCUGCAUUGCCGACAAUACCUACAAAUGAAACGUCCUCUUCAGUCUCGAUUUCAACAGUCCGAACUGAUGCUGCACCAGAACCUCAGGUAGCCUCCUCUGAUCCGGUCUCCAUCCCAUCCGCGGACAAAGACACUAUAUCGGCGACUCCAAAUGAGGUUUCCACUGUCCUCAUCCCUGAAAGUACCACAAGUGUAUCACCAUCUGUGAGCCUGGUCUUGUCACCUCAUCUCACGCCAGUAUAUGCUGGAUCAUCUGAUGCUCCAUCCGAGCCAUCAAAAGAACCGGACUCUGCCAAAAGCACCACUGGUGCGACCUCAUCUGCUUGCUGUCCAUCACCACCACCGGCAGACCCGACAUCAGAGCGGGAGGCAGCCACUGUUACCAAUCUGCCAGCCAACACUACAGAAACCUUCAACCACGAUUCACCCAUCUCAUCAAGCCAAGCGGAGGACACAGAACCAGACCUGAUUGGACAUUUGUCUGCGCAGUCAAAGACCAGCGAACCCACGUCGGCAAUGGUCAGUGUAGCCUGUGCAGUUGACGGACAGCACCCUGCGGAGCCGUCAACAACCGAGCCACUUGCAAAUCCAACCUUGCCAACAUCGGCUCCACUCUCACCAACCUUCACUCCAUUAGCAGCAGCGAUCACCAUAGAUUCUACAUUCACCGGCACAGUCACAACCUCGACCUCCCAGGAUGACUUUUCUGCUGCUUCAUCUGACAAGGUAGGCUCUAAACUCGUCACUCCGUCUCCCACAAGUAGCACAACACCCAGCGAAGAACAGACGAGCGCGGCCCACAUAGAAGUCUCGGCCACGCCACUGACGACAGCACUCGCUCCUCAAACGUCCGCGGUCACUUUGUCACAAGCGGAAACCUUAGGUGCAGCCCCUUCUUCGUCCAAAUCUGCAAAGAACCCUUCUCGUACAGAGUCAACCCCACCCUUGUCUGAAAAGAAUCAAGGCCAGGCGGGUGGUCUUCAGGCUGAAGAGGACACACAGCUGGAUAUCAAGCGAAGAAAGGUGGAGACUUGUGACGAGGCAGAGCCCGUUGAGAAAGAAAACCAAGUGGCCGAGGGGGACAAAAGGGCCUCCUCUCCUGAGAGUGGAGUCAAGGAACCCAGUGAGGAGCUCAAGACUCCGAAAAGAUCCCUCAGUCGUCAGAGCAGCCAGGAGUCUGCUUGCUCGUCGUCGCCCUCGUCCAGUUGCUCCACGUCCACUCUCACUCGUCACGCUCACCACAAGAGGACGUACGAGAACCGACAUCCUACCAAGAAGCAGCGAGUGGACGUCACCUCUGAUACGGCAACGGCAGGCAAACCGGAAGAGGACGAAAGCGAGCGGGACCUUGCUUUAUCUCAAGGAAGAUCCGGCUCUUCGUCCUCCUGUGACUCAGACAACGAUGAGAGGGAGAAGGAGUGCCGUUUGACUCACCAGCUGCCAGACUGGGACCAGAACCAGGACAAAGUCAGGGGGCAGAGCAGCAAGCGUCGGGAGAGGAAGCCCGCCCUCAGCUCCGACAGUAAUGCCAACACAUCCACUGGCGGUGAUUCUGGCAGCGACUCUUCGUCCGCGAGGAUCAAAAGGAGAAUAGCAGGGUCUUCUCGAGAAAAGAAAGCUGCCGCUAGCCGCGUGACCCCACAGCAUCCGGAACCUGAAGUCCUGGGGAAGCGGUGCUCUGCACUCAAUGCAGCCGCCAAGCUUCUCGCCAUGAAAGGAAGGGUGGACACCCCUGGUCACACCCCCCGUAAGGACCCUAAAGCAGCAGGGAAUGCUGCCGCUGCUGCGUCUCCUGACCAAAAGAACCCAAAAUCCAAAAGUAAAACUGUCACAGAUUCUCUUCAAAACAAUUCUUUUACCAAAAGUAAAAGUGAUAGCAAAGCCUCGACGCCCAAUCAGGCGAGUCGCUCCGUGCCUCGCUCCACCAGGCAGUGCCCGGGGUCCCUUGUGCCCCCUCUGGAGGGGCCUGAAUACAAGAGACCCAAAGUGGAUGAAAAGGAUGCCGGGAGUCAAAAGGUGGCAAAGGCGAAGGAGGGCGACAGGGAGGUGGCGCAGGGCCGCAGCGCAUGCAGUAGCGACGGUGAGGUGGACGUCGAGCGGCCGGAUAGUGGGCGGUCUGACAACAGCAGUGGCGUCGGGGCAGAUGUCGGGCGGCCACAAAGUAGCCGAAGUCGAAGCAGCAGCGACAGCAGCCGGCGAGCCCGCAGUGUCAGUUCCCGGAACACGGACCGCAAGGGGGCUAGCUCUCGCGCCGCCUCCUCUGGCAGUGACCAAGACCGCAGCGUCGAGCGGCAUGCACUUCGAAAAAGCAGCCGUAAAUCUCAGAGGCUAUCACAGGAGGCUGCGGGCGCUUUGGGGGCAGACGGCACGCCGGACCGCGUCCUGAGGAGUGUGGCGGCAGCGGCGGCCGUCCAGGCCCGGUCCCCUGCGGCCAGCACGCGAUCCUCAGCCAACCAGCAACGCCACAACAAGACAUGAGCGCCAGAGCCCUGGAACAUGAGGUGUCGACACAGAGCGCGUCCGGACCUUCGGGGUUUCCGCAUAAGCCCAGGGACCUCCCGGCAUCUUAGGCCCUCUCCCCCUCCUAUACACGCAAAGAUGGCCGGGGAGCGGCUCAGGGGGGCCGGACUGGGUAGAAAAGAUCCACAUUGAGAGCAGGCCGAGUGGAGGCGAAGCGUGUACGCGGUGUAAUGUCAUCAUUUCAGGACUGAAGAAGUUUUGCAAAGAUGGAUUCUAGCUGGAGCUUCUUUGCUUUUUCUCUGGUCUUCUGAUUUGCACAUCUCACUUCUUUUCCAUUCUCCCAUCUUCGGUUCAUCUCAUCACAGCAAAGAUGUGUGAUGUGGUCCCAGCAGCCCCCAAGGCCAAGUUACUGUAGUGUUUCUAGUGCGUCAGUGCCUCUUGGGCCUUGUGAAGAAGUUCCCAUCGGAGUUGUCUGCCUUGUGGAGCACUUGAUUAUGGAGUGUUGAGCGUUUCUCUCUUGUGAAAAAAAAAUCCCCCCCCUCCCACCUCAUCAAAACAAGAAAAAAAAAUUGGGAAUGAUCAAGAAACCCUCUCUGCGUACUACCAAAUUGAUUUAUUUGUCACGUCUUUGUUGUGUAAAGUACAAAGAGUACAAAUGUGUGAAUGGAAGGUGACCAGUGAUGGAAUUUAUUUUUGGGUGUGGGAUUGAGGGUGCAGGACGGUUCAUUUAGUUUCGGUGAUGGUCUUUUUUUGGGGGGGGGGGGGUUGUAAAUUUAUUUGUUGCAUUCCUUCAAUCCCUUGUAAUAAUUCCACAUUGUUUUACUUGAACAAUUAAGACAGUUACUAUUGAAUAAAAAGACCAAAAAUG